CAAUAUAACCUCACUGCACAGUCAGCUGAGGGGUCUGGUCAGUGGCCUCAGUCUGAGUUGUAAGGGGAAGUGACAGGCACAAACUCUGCUCUCUGGAUUGUGUUUUCUUCACGUUUGGAUGAACACGAUGAUGAAAGGGGAAGAUUCAGCGGAAGUAGAGAUUGACUUGGAGGACUCCAGUGACCCUGAUGAAUAUGAUAAUGGAGAGGAACCUGAGACGUUGUGGAGGGCCCCUCCUGCUCUGGAAGAAGAGGAAGACAUUCAUACGUCCACACUAGUGGAAAUCAGUGAUACCAAGCCUCUGAUUAAUGUCAGAGACCCCCGUGGUAUCAAUGACUGUCUCAAGGUGACGUUUGAGGAUGUGAUUGCAGAGCCAGUGUCAGUGCGCAGUGGGGACAGAGUGUGGACCUGGAGUAAUGCCCUGUUUGAGGUGUCUAGGGUUUGGAUCUACAGGAUAGUCACAGUGCUUCUGGCCAUUCCCAUUUCAAUUAUCUCUGGUCUCCUCUUUGCCAUCCUCAGCUGCUUCCACAUCUGGAUGGUUGGUCCUUGUAGCCACUGUAUCCUCAUUGGUGCACGUUGGCUGCAGAGCCUAUGGAGCAUUGUGCUGGGUGUCAUUGUGCGUCCCUUCCUCACAAGUGCUGGGAGAUGCUGUGGAGGCUUCAGCAUUCACCUGGCCAAAGAAUGAGACUCACACAUCCAGACUGUUACUGUUCGUUAUGUGCAAUGGUGUUCUAGUGGACUGAGCCGAAGAGGGAAUUGAUAUUUGAUUUUUAAAUUUUUUAUUCCGAAUAAAAUGUUUAUAAUUGCAUGUUUUUCACAUUUAAGAUGCCUUUGGUAAAAGUCCAACAGCACCUGCUGCUCCUUUUAAUGAUUAUACAAGGAUUGUGACAUGUUCAAACAAUAAUAUGGACUUGACAAAGAGACAAAAAGAAAGUGAUAUAUGUCUUGAUUUUAUCCAAAAAGUUGAGUGUUAAUUGCUUUGGUGAGACCAAAAUAGGAUCAGAGUUUAACAUCUGAGAUCCGAUUAAGAAAACGGUUACAUGUGGAUGUGACAGUGAUUAAGUAAAAAAAGUAUUAAAGUGACCCUUCUUUUAAUCAUGCAGUACUUUUUUUAACACUGAUGCCACAGUGGGGUUCUGAUUUUUCUUAUUUAAAGUAAUUUCAGCAUAAUUUGUUAUGCACAUUGAUUGUCAAAUCAUCUUUAUGUCAUAAUAAUUGGGUUUGGGUUUAUAUUAUGUUACAUUUUUAAAAGGCAGUUUAGAAUUUAAGCUAGAGUAACAACAAUCGAUAACUAUAGGAUUUAAUUUGAAUUAUAGAAGUUACCGAUUUCAAACCUUAGAAUAUUUCACUUCAGCAGAAAAGAACAAACACUUGUAUUACAUUCAUUCUUAAAGGAUGCAAUGUCAAUAAAAUAUGGAUGACAUAAUUUUGAUUAAAACAGAUUACAUCAUUACAUUACAAUAUAAUUACCCUUAUGAUCUACAUAUAUGGUGAGAUUCUCAACAUAGAUCAUACGCUUAUUUACUGACUUUUGUGCAGUAUGACAGCUUAGGGCUGUUUGUGUGUGUGUGUGUGUGUGUGCGCGUGUGUGUGCCUGUGUGCGUCUGUGUGUCCGUGUCCAUGCCUAUACUUGAUGUGGUAUGUCAGCAGUGCCUUUAAAAGUUUGAGAUAGUCAUUGCUGGCAUCUUCCUACUGGCAUUCCUAGAUUGGAAAAACGCUAAGAGUGGCAUUUCAGUUCAUAAACUGCCACUCCCUUCCUCUGCCCUCCAUGGCUCUGGCUAUAGCCAUACACCGGCCUCUCAUUUUAGCCUCUCUUGCUUCAUUAUCUCAGCUUCAGUCUACUCCUUCAGUCAGAGAGCUGGACCAUGGCUGAAAUUAACAUUGACCAGUAGAAUCUGAUCAGAGGGACAGACACACCAAGGAGAUGUAACUUUUAAGAUUACUGAAGCCUUGAAAGUAUGUAUGUGUCCUAUAGAUGCCACAUAAAAUAGCCAUUAACAUGAUAUAACUCUCUGCUGGAGAUAUCUGAACAUCACUCAAAAUAAAUAUACAAAGGUAUUUUUUUUUACACAGUGAAAUCUUUCACUAACAUUGGGUUGGUGAAGCAAGGGCCUCAGAUAAUUUGGCCUAACAUUUGGUUGAUUUGACUAUGCACUUGCACAGCAGAUUGUAAAGUAUUAAGCUUUUGCUCAAAUUGGGUGGUGUGAGGGUGGUUUUACACAAGGAGGUGUAAAUGCUUUACAUCUGCUUUACUCUGGCAUGAAGACCCAUUUCUGGAAAUUUUACUGACUUUUAGAAUAUCAAUUAAACAUCAGGCCGAAAAGAUGCAAGAUUUAUAGUUGUCAUUUUCUGUUUGUUGGUCUAAAUUUUGAGCUGAUCUAGUGUAUAAUACUGGAUUGAAUUACAAUUAUGUUGUCCUUUUUUUAGAAUGAUACAGUAAAAUCUGAAAAUUGUCUUUCCAUUAAUUUCACUUUUACUCAAUGUUGAUGUGGGCCUUUGAAUAAAUAAACUUUUAAGUACAA